AUGGGGCUUCCUACAUUUGAGGCAUCUGAUCUCGAGCAAUGUUAUGUAUUGAUGAUGUCUCUUGAGGAAAUCUUAAACUUUACCAGAUUCAUAAACUUUUCCAUUCGAGGUGCACACGAGGAAAACAAAUUUGUGGAGAGGGUUACAUUAUUUUCAUUUUGGUCACGAGCUCAACUAGUGAGUUUCCUUGAAGUUGGUCCUUUCUUCAAUGCAGCUAAUCAACUAAGGCAAGCAACGGCAAAAGAUUUUUCUGCAUCACAUGGGAAGAAGUCUUUUUCAAAGAUUUCUUCUGAUAACUCUAAGGCCAAAACUGUGACUUUAGGUGAGAAAGUCUUGGCAUCUUUUAAUAUCGUACUGAAGGUAGGAGAUAGAAGCUUUGCCUUAACCAAGAAGCAGGAGAGCACUAAUGGCAAUCAUGUUAGUGCUGAACAACUGAGAAGUCAGAUGAUGAAACAACAAGAGAUCUUUGAUCGGCAAGGAAGAGAUGUCCAGGUUAGCAGUUUAUGUACACAUAAGUAUAGCCAAGCUAAAUCAGCAAGUGGAUAUCACAAGGUUCUCGAUGAGAAUCGUAGGUUGUACAAUGAUUUGUAUGGUGACAACGAUAACGAUGACCCAUCGCAGCUCAUCGAGUUUGUUAUUCAGCUGCAGAAGGUUGAUGCUGCUGCUGCGACUCAGAAAACACCAGCUCAGGCUGCUGCUCAAUCCCAGCAAAAAGCUGCGAAAUUUCCCUCAAAACCCCUGCCCCCAUCUCAAGCUGGUGAAUCUGGACCUAAAGACCUCACGGAGCAGAGUCGAAGUGUAAACUACAGGUCUUUCGGUGACCUAUUUUAUCUCGUGGAGCAAAGGAAAGACACUUUUCUUAAUGAUGUUGCUGUCCAGAUGAUCGAGAUUUACAAUGAGCCGUGUCAACAUUAA